AGGCAACAAUAAGAUUUCCUUGUAUGUAUAUGGUAGAAAGCAAUCUAGUUCAUCAGGUUACCUCAAUGAAUUUCACUCUGCCAACCAUUGUAGCAACUUUGGCUACCACUUUUCUACUAAUCACUUUAAUCUACAACCUCGUAUUUCACAAAGGUUCGACCCAAGAACCACCGGAAGCUGGCGGCGCAUGGCCAAUAAUUGGCCAUCUCCACCUCCUCGCUGCCCCUCGAGCCACCUUCAAAAUCUUGGCCGACAUGGCUGACAAAUACGGGCCUAUAUUCCGAAUAAGGCUCGGCUCGAAACAAGUCUUGGUGGUGAGCGACUCGCGAAUCGCCAAAGAGUGCUUUACAACUAACGACAGAGCGCUCGCAGGCCGGCCCAAGGCCUUAACUUCGGAGAUCAUAGGAUACAACUACGCUAUGUUUGGGCUGAGUCCGUAUGGUGAGUACUGGCGCCAUGUCCGCAAGGUUGUGGUGCUCCAGCUGCUCUCCAACCGCCGUCGGGAGACGCUCAUGCGGGUUUGGGAAUCGGGAGUAAGAUUGUUUGCCCAAGACAUCUACCGAAGCUGGCUAAGGGACAAGAAUGAAUCCGAGGUUGUAAAGCUGGACAUGAAGGAGUUAUUUGGGAAACUAAUCAUGGACGUCACGAUGCAGAUGCUUUUCGGGCAGCAGUACGAGGAAGAAGUGAGCCGGAGAGUAGUGACGACGGCCCGCCAAUUACUUAAACUGAAUGAGGUGCCUGUUGUGGGUGAUUAUCUGCCAUGGCUAAGAUGGUUGGACAUAGGAGGACAUAAGAAGGCCUUGAAGGAGACAGCCAAAAAGAUGGACAGUAUAGUGGAAGGCUGGCUACAAGAGCAUAAAAGGAAAAUAAAUUCGAAAUCUAAAGAAGAAGAAGACUUCAUGGAUGGAUUGCUUAAAAGUUUUGAUGGUGAUGGUGGCGAUGGGGAUCACAAAGAUAUUCCUAAAGAUUUUGAUGCUGACACAAUUGUGAAAUCUACUUGCAUGGGUAUGCUAUUAGCUGGUACCGACACAACUACUACAACAUUAAUAUGGGCGCUCUCUUUAAUAUUAAACAAUUCUCUUGUGCUAGAGAAGAUUCGGGCAGAACUAGACAUCCAUGUUGGAAGGAAAAGACAUGUGAACCAGUUUGACCUAAACAACUUGAUUUAUCUUCAAGCUGUGGUGAAAGAAACUUUACGUUUAUAUACUCCUGGUCCUCUCUUACUGCCCCAUGAAUGUAUUGAUGAUUGCGUGGUUAAUGGUUACAACAUUCAAAAGGGUACACGGCUAUUAGUGAAUGUAUCUAUGAUUCAUCGAGAUCUAGAUAUUUGGUCAGAUCCAAAUGUGUUUAGGCCAGAAAGAUUCUUGAAUGAAUACAAGGAUAUUGAUGUUAGGGGCAAUCAUUUUGAACUAAUACCAUUCGGGAGUGGAAGGAGAGUGUGCCCUGCGAUUUCGUUAGCCCUACAAGUUAUGGAGUUGGUAUUGGCAUGUCUUAUUCAUGACUUUGAUUUAAAGAGAAUUUCAGAUGAGCCUAUUGACAUGAUAGAGAUGGUCGGGAUGACCAACAAAAAGGCAACUCCCCUCCAUGUUUUUCUUACCCCACGCCUGUCUUCGCAUCUUUACGGUUGAGCUGCUUAAUUAUGGAAUUGUAUAGUAAGUACUAUCUUUCAUGGCGUUUUAUUAUAAUUCGAGUAGUUAAAAAAUUAUGUUGUAAUUGAAUUAUAACUACAUCCAA